AUGGCUGAUCGAGUGAAGCAGGUUGCCGCCGAAGAGGCAGAGAACGUCAAAAGGAUGACCCGAGAGGCUGGUAUUUUCUACUUCAUCUCGCAUAAGGACCUAUGGAAACCAUUGACUUCCAAGAUGGCUCCGACCAUCACGCUGAGCGUUGGAGUGACCACCCUCAUGUUCCUCGUGGCGUACGUGCCUCAAGCAGCCGUGAUGGCUUUCACAUCGGGGCCCGUUGCCGCGAUCUCAGCAGCCUUACUUACUCUUAGCGAGAGUUCAACACUCAUCAACCUCCUCUCGAGGACAUUUUUGAUUGAAGAGGCCCUUGUUGACACCUUUGAUGGUACGCUUCUUUCUCAGGAUUGCACCAACCUUGUUGAGGAAGGCAGGCAAAUAAAAGCCGGAGGGGACAACAUCGCUAGACUUGGAAAGCUGCUCAAGCGACCAUUCGCCAAAUUCACUCCCAAUGCCAUCAUCCGGUAUCUCAUCUACCUACCACUCAACUUCAUCCCUGUGGUGGGCACUGUCAUUUUCAUAGCCCUCCAGGGCAAACGAGCAGGUCCAGCCGCACAUACGAGGUAUUUUCAGCUCAAGGAAUGGAACAAGAAACAGCGGGAGAUGCACAUUGCGGAACAUCGCGGAGGAUAUACAGCGUUUGGAGUGGCAGCCUUCCUGCUCGAGAUGAUACCUUUUGCAAAUCUAAUUUUCGCGUUCACAAAUACCGUGGGAGCAGCGCUUUGGGCUGCAGACAUUGAAAAGAAUGCCACAACCGCUCCAAAAGUUCGUGAGCUGGCUACCAAGGCUGAGUGA